CGCGGGCGGGGGCCGGGGCGGAGCAGGAAGCCCCGGCGCGGGGAGCGGGAGGCGGAGCCGCGAGGAGCGCCCCAGGUGGGCAGGAGGCGCGGCACCUGCCCCGGGCCCAGGCUCGGUCCGCCGGCCGCGCUGCGCCCAGUGAGGGCAAAGCGGAGGGAUUCCUUGGAGAAGAGGUGCGUCGCGGCCGGGUCGCUGAUGAAGAAAGAUCCAGUGUCCCCGCAGCCCCUCAGCUGAAAGGGGCCGGAGAGCGCCGGCAUGGGCUCCGAGCUGCCCGCACCUUGGCUGCUGCUCUUCACCUGGCUCCCAGCAGGCUGCACGUCCUUGCUGGUGACGGUCCAGCACACGGAGCGCUAUGUCACCCUGUUUGCCUCCGUCAUCCUCAAAUGUGACUACACCACCUCUGCCCAGCUCCAGGAUGUGGUGGUGACGUGGCGCUUCAAGUCCUUCUGCAAGGACCCCAUCUUUGACUACUACUCUGCAUCAUACCAGGCGGCUUUAUCCCUGGGCCAGGACCCAUCCAAUGACUGCAAUGACAGCCAGCGGGAGGUUCGCAUCGUGGCCCAGCGGCGGGGGCAGAAUGAACCUGUACUGGGGGUGGAUUACCGGCAACGCAAGAUCACCAUCCAGAAUCGAGCAGAUCUGGUGAUUAAUGAAGUGAUGUGGUGGGACCAUGGAGUGUAUUACUGCACCAUUGAGGCCCCAGGGGACACGUCAGGAGACCCAGAUAAGGAAGUGAAGCUCAUCGUCCUGCACUGGCUGACCGUGAUCUUCAUCGUCCUGGGAGCCCUCCUCCUGCUCCUGCUGAUUGGAGUGUGCUGGUGCCAGUGUUGCCCCCAGUACUGCUGCUGCUACCUCCGCUGCCCCUGCUGCCCCGACCGCUGCUGCUGCCCCCAGGAAGCCCUGGCCCGCCACCGCUACAUGAAGCAGGCUCAGGCCCUAGGCUCUCAGAUGAUGGAAAAACCCCUGUACUGGGGGGCGGACAGGAGCUCCCAGUUUUCAUCUUAUCCAAUGAACCCACUGCUGCAGCGAGAUUUGUCCCUGCGAUCCAGCCUCCCCGAGGUGCCAGUGACCCAGGCAAUCUCUCACCCUCCCAUCCCCAAUGGUGUCCUAGAGUAUUUGGAGAAGGAGCUGCGGAACCUCAACCCAGCCCAGCCUCUGCCACCUGACCUCCAGGCCACGUCUGGCCACCCCUGCAGCAUCCUGUCCUCCCUGGGCUCUGAGGUUGUGGAACGCAGAGUCAUCCACCUGCCUCCCCUGGUCAGAGACCUGCCAGCUUCGCGGAGGACCAGCAGCUCCUCCCGCCAGCAGUGGCUCCCUGCACCGCCAUCUCCCCCCAGACCCUGGGAUCUGAGGGAGGGGAGAAGGCAGCACCGCUACUCUGAUUUCCACCAGGAGCUCCGGGAUCCUGAGGCUCAGUGCUGGGAGCUGGAGCAAAGGGAGCUGGACCGACUGCGGCGUGGGAGGCACCGCGGCUCCAGGCAUCGCUGGUCACCCAGGCCCUGGUCAGACAGGGACAGCCUCAGCGACGGCGACGGCCCCUCAUCCAGUGAGGCCCGCUGGCGGCCCCGCCGCCCCCCUCUCCGGAGCCGGAGCCGCUACCCAGAGAGAGAUCCCCGCGGGCCCAGCCCCAAGGAAAGCGCUCAGGGGCACCAGAGGCGCAGGCCCCGCAGCUACUCCCCUCCCCUGCCCUCUGGCCUCAGUUCCUGGAGCUCCGAGGAGGAGAAGGAGAGGCAGCCCCAGAGCUGGGAGACCCGCCGCCAUCGUCGCUCGUGCUCCCCAAACUGGCCUGAGGAGAAGCCACCCAGCUACCGCUCGCUGGAUGUCAGCUCAGGCAAGAAUGGCAAGAAAAAAGGGAGUGUGAAGAGGCGCUUGGAGAGAGAGAGCUCCCAUAGUGGAAGGAGUGUGGUCAUUUAGUCACCGGGCACAACUCUGCUUCUGUGGCGACUUUGCAGCUCCUGUGUGUCAGCAGCAUCAUCUAAAUUUCCAGUUGGCUUGAGAUGGACACCGCAAGUUUGUAUCUAACAUCUUUGGCUUAGAUUCUGAGAAUCAGAUGGAAGAAUUUUAUAAACAAAGUUUGAGGAGUUAAUGACUGUUGUUUUAACCUUGGUACACACUGCAUAUUCAGGUAGUCAGACUUGUAAUGAAUCCUAACUGGGAUGUGGUCCCUCAGGAACUUAGUAACCUGAGUCUUCAACUGGGUCACAUUGCUCAGAACUGCGGCCAUUCUCAAGGUGAGAACUCAGGAAUCUUUAAGAGGAAAUCAAACAUGUCUCAGAGCAAGAAAUCUAUGGAGCACUAUAGGGAAAUUUCCAUGGAACCUUGUCUUCCUCGAUAGCAUAUCUAGAGGAUCCCUUCAUGUUAUGAGUCCACUUUACUGCCCCCAAGACUGGUCCUGAGUGCCUUUGAGGGUUCACGCAGAGAUGGCACAGGAAAUGUUCUAGCAAUGUGCCCUCUCACAGGCUAUUUAUUGCAAGUGUACAAAGUCACAGAGAAGCACUAUUGCGCCAGUUUUAUUCCUUUCCUUUGUUUUCGUCUUGCUUUUUUCUUUUUUUUUUGCCUAUAUCUGUAUAUAUAUUUUUUAUAUAGUAUGUAUCCAUUAAAAUCACUUUAAAUGCUUUUGGGGAAUAGCACAGUACAUAAAUAAGAAGUGAAAGGUA